AGUCUAAUGAUCCGCGGCACCUGCACACUCGCCCGUACCGAGGGGCUGGGAGGCGCGGCCCUGAUCAAAGCCAAAGUCCCUAAUGAAUGAUUCUUAGCACGGCUAUUAUUAUGAUUCCUGAUUGCUAUCGUCGUCAUUCGCUCGAACUAACCACUGUUCGUUGUUGGUUGCCCACCCAGCCCCAGUCGAGUCGUGGAGGUGACUCGACAAUUCAUAACUCCGCGCUUCCCACCUUUCUUUCUGAUAGACGCUCUGAUGCUCUUCUGCUCUACUACCGCUCUUCCCUGAUUCUCGCCUGGCCAUAGCCUUUCUACUCUCCCUUCAACUAUCAGCUACAGCUAGAGGAGAUACAAUCAACAAACCAGCCAUGAAGGUCGCCAGUCUGAUGACCACCGAGUGGUCCGACACUCGUCGCCGCUCGUCAUCCGGCUCGCAGCCCAGCCCAGUCACCGGCACCAUAAGAAAAUACGACGAAUAUGAAGAGAAGGCCCAAUCAUACACACACUCGUACUCACAUUCACACUCACACUCAUACUUUGCGCCCCUCAACACUCGAGCGUCGCCGCAGCUGCCUCUGUCUCCCCCGGCCGAGGAUCAGCGCAAAUGCUCACUGCCAUCCAUAUCCAGCCUCUUGGAAGGCGCAAACAGCGUGCCAGCAGCAAAACGAGCUCGUCACAAUUCCACUGAGUACAGCCGCGUCUUUCUGCCUCCAACACCACCCAUGCGCCCUUGCUCUGGGCUCGCAGAAGGCCGCUCGCCCUCAUCUUUCUCCAGACGAUCUCACUCAGCCUCAGUCAGCAGUGCGCCACCUAUGCAGCAAUCGCAAUCGCAGGCCUCGCUUCCAUCUAUUGCAGCUUCUCUGCCAACGCCCCCUUCAGAGCGGGGUUCCGUAUCGCAGGAAUUGCACAUGUCUCCUCCUGCUCCCAUUAAUACCACCACCAACUCUUCCACCUAUCCUGCUGUAGCCUCAUCGAGCGCAAACUCGUUCACCCCGACCAAUGAGCCGCAGUAUCCUCGCGCACACAGCGUGUCAGCACCAGUGACACCCAGCCAUGUUCCACCCAUGAUUUCGCCCGUCAAUCCAGCUUGGCAACACCACCACUACUUCCCACCAUCCGGCGCUGCGUCCUACCCACAGAACCACGACCGAUACGUCUGCCGAACCUGCCAUAAGGCAUUCUCGCGGCCGUCCAGUCUGCGCAUUCACUCGCAUAGUCACACGGGCGAGAAGCCGUUCCGCUGUACCCAUGUGGGUUGCGGUAAGGCGUUUAGCGUUCGCAGCAACAUGAAGCGCCACGAACGGGGGUGUCACAGUGGGCGACCAUUAGCGGCUAUCGUUUGAUUCGUAACCUGUGGAAUAUUUUUCACUGUAUUCUUUCUCUACUUUUAAUCUGUUUCAUUUACACACGACUCUUGUCAGGUUUACGGAUGGCGUUUGUACAAAAGUGGGCAGGUCAAGUUGUGACAUAUACCCCUGAUGCAUGGAGUUGGUGAUUGGAAUUUCUUCUCUUCGUGAAUAUAUUAUUACUUCAACACUAUCUAGAUGGUAACAGUACCACCAAAAUCCCGAAUCAAUUUCCAUUAUUAGAGCAUAUCAUCUAGCUGAGCCAAGCCUUUACUCUGGGCUGCACUCGGCCCCAUAUGGCUGGCCCAACAUCCACGAGGACGAGGAUGUAACCCUACUACCUGGUUGUUGGGCGACUACUGGUC